CACUGGGGUAACAGCAAGCAUUGCAAUACUGGAAUUUAUUAUUAUUUUUUAUUAUUAUUAUUAUUAUCAUUACUUGCAAUAAGGUGUACCCUGCAGGCAUGGCGUACCCUGUUGAUAUAUUAGGUAGUUGCAGUCAUGAAGAACUGGAAAGCUUGUCAGAAGAAUACCUCUCCGAUCUGCGAUGUUCUGAUCCCGACAAUCCAGAGUAUUUUUCUUUUCGGGACAAUACGGAGAUCCCUAUUAGUCUUUCCACAGUCGGUUUUGUACCACUCUAUGGAGGAGAUCAGAUACACAAAAUCCUUGCUCUUUUUGCACCAGAAGACACUCUUACAGCGGUGGCUCUGUUUCUCGCUGACCAGUGGUGGGCAGUCGAUGACAUAGUAAGAACAUCAAAUCCGUCAAGGGAAGGCCUUCAGCAGGUCAGAUCACUUGGAGAACGAGUGGUGCUCUAUGUCCUUAAUCGAAUUAUAUAUCGGAAGCAAGAGAUGGAGAGACACGAGGUUCCAUUCCUGUGUCACAGCCGCAUGGAGUACGCCAAGAUUCUGUGGAGAAAAGGAGAGGCCAUUGGAUUUUAUUCUGUGAAACCUGCAGGAAGUUCCUGUGCUGCAUAUCUCACACAAAGUUAUUUGCUCCCGGUUUUGGACACCAUGUAUGUCAGGAAAAGGUAUCAUGGUAAACAAUUUGGGCUGCAGGUGCUGGAGGAUUUUGUGGACUCAUUUACAGAAGACACCCUAGGCUUGAGAUACCCAUUAUCAUCCUGUAUGUACACAGCCUGCAAGCAGUAUUUAGAGAAAUACCCCGGUGAUCAGGAACUGCUGUGGGAGGUGGAAGGAGCUGGCCACUGGUUUCAGAGAACUCUUAUCUCCAGUAUACUUCAGAAGGAAACGCGAAGAUUAUCAGUUACCGAAACAAACAAAAAUGAGGAACGCUCUGUAGUUGUUACAUCGGCGCCUCCUGGUGGAAAUGCAGAGCAUAAUGCACAGAGCAUAGAGUCUCACAGCCAUGAUAGUGAGACUGGCUUAACGGGGGAUAUACAGGUAGAGCUUGAAGCUGGUCACACUGUUAAUGAUACUGGUGAUUCUAAAGAACAUGAAUUGACGCCUGUUUCCACUCGUACAAGAAGCAGCCAACUGAAACGCCCCAAAAUUGGAAAGAGAGUUGUUGAGUCUGAACCAGAAAAUGAGGACAUAGAGGUCAAAAAUGAUACUCGGGACACAUCUAAAAAGCUGGAAUCAAAAGAACAAAUAGUGGAAAACUUUAAGGAACUCAUACAGCAACUAGCAGAAGAUAAAGACGAUAAUGAAAUGGCUAAGCUUCAAGAAGAAAUAUCUGCUAAACCAGUGGAACAGAUAUUUGAAGAAACUCAGGACAUCCAAAAAAUACAAGACAGCUUGGAGAAUAAACAGGACACAGAGAUAGAGCCAGUAAACGGUGAUAUAACAAAAGAAUUGUUUCCGUCUGCGUCUGAUAUUGUGGAAGCGCAGGAAUUAGCCAGCGAGACACAGGAUACCGAGUCUAAUUUGGAGCCUGCAGAUACAGAUGAGAAAUCCCUGACUACCCUUGUUUCGGUCAGCAUGGACCUAGAAAAAUCUUUUGAAGAUUCAUUUACUGAUCAGGUUCUAAAUACAGAAGAGAUGGAAACUUCAGAACAUGGAACCAUGACAGCUGGAAUGGUGAACACAGACGUGAGAGAAGAUGACUUUAGAGAGAGUUUAGAGGUCAAAGGCACAGAAGAGACUGUCCCAGUGCAAAGUGGAGACUUCUCUGACAACUGUCUUACCACUUUUGAGCCAACUCAAACUGCAGACACCACACCUGAUGAUAUGUCAGCCUUGUAUACAGGCCCCCAAGGAGAGCCAGUCAUUAACGUCACAGAGGAAGCACUGCCAGUUCUUCGGCAAGGCCCUUUACUUGUGGUGGAACUUGAAGAUGUAGCUUUCCAACAAUCAGAUGUACAAAAGAGCCAUUCUGGAGAAUCCACUGUGGAGACGGAUCAGUCAGAUGUUUCAGCACAAAAAUCGGUGGAGAUUGGUGGAGAAAGUAGCUCUGAGGAAGCAGAAACAGAGACCCCAGUAAUAGAGAGAAGGGGUUUGCGCAGAAAGGCAAGGGGGAUCAAAGGACCCGCAAAGAGAAGAACCAAAUUAUCAGUUUAGAACCAUUGAUAGAUUGUUAUUCACACAAUAUUUGUAAAACAGAAUAAUCUAGAAUUUUUUAAAAAGUUCUAAGAAGUUAUUCGGUAUAGGUCACAGGCAUUUGUAAUUGUACAAUUUUAAAGUUUUCUGGUUGAUGUUAAAUGCUCUUUUUGUGGUUCUUUGAUUUAUGUGUUUCUUUUUCUGUGAGUUUACCCAUAUUCCCAAUGUACCCGUUAUAUAGACUAAACAAGCCUAUAGCACAACUACCGAUCAAACUGAUAAUGUGAGUGGUCUGUUCUAAGUACAAGACUUGAAGCAGGGGUAGCCAUCAGGUUGCUCAGCAGAGUUUGACAGUUAUCAUUCCACUGCUGUAACGCUAUCUAUCGGAACCCUGUGGAUUUAGCCUACAUUCUCAGAGAAAAUUAUUUGAAAGUCAUCUCAUCUCCUGUUACUUUCUGCAAACAUUUUGAAAGGUUUUUGUGACUACAAAGUUUGUCAGUAGGUGGGCACACUGUAUAAGUACGCACGCUAAAAUAUGCGCUAUUUGUUUUUAAGAAAGCUACUUUUCUGGUAAUUUACGAGCAGAAUACAAACAUUUUACCUACUGACCUUCACAAUCAUGUGUAAGCAGUAAUAUUGCUGAUAUUGCAUUCUUCAGAAAAUGAGUCAGCCAUAAAUAUCGGUGGAAAUCAGGGCUUGACGUUGCCACAAAUUAGACAUAUUUCAAUUUAUAUGUCAAAAACUAUUUUGGGCAGGUUUUGAAAAUGAAAAGUCAUAAUGCUCCACUUUGUAGAGAAAUUUUGUUUCUGUAUUGAAGAGGGAUAUAUUUACAGUUAUCUGUUCCAUUGAGGGAUUGUCGUUUGAAAUGUUCUUUGCAUAACUCAGUUCAAAUAACGUUUCCCAAAAUUUUAGAAUACUACGUAUAUCUGUAAUAACUGUAUGAAGAUCUGGAAGUUUUAUCUCAUCAAGGAGGUAUCUUGGAGUUGCAAAAUAUUUUCCAAAAUCUUUGUGACCGCUGCUGUUACGAAAAGUAUGUGCUAAGACAGUCAAUAAGGGCCCGAGGUUUUGACAGAUUAUCUGCUUAGCACAUAGCAUUAUACUUGAAACGGGAAGAUAUAAUAUUGGUUCAAUUACCUAAUACUUUUGAGUGCCAUAUGGAAGUCCAUAUUGCUAUAAUUAUUUUAUUCAGUGUUAUUAAAACAAUAGCAAAGAUCUUUAAAUAAACAACAAAGUUUUGGACAGUAUUUAACAUUCUAUAUUACAGUGCAAAUAACAUUUAUAUUAAGAGAGCCACUUCAACUUUGACAGAACCGUUUAUUAUGGGUGAUAUUGCUCAUUACAUGAAAAAAAAUCAUUUUGUUUGGCUUAGAAAAGUACAUGAAUAUUAUGGUUCAAUUUUUCCAUAUUUCUAUAAGCUAUGUUAUAGAGGUAUGAUGUUAAUAGUGUUAUUUUAAAUCUACAGUUUAAUUAAACAAAUGUUUUUAGAUUUGCUUUUAAAAUGUUUGUGUUUUUCAUAAUUUUGCAGUAGAUGUGUUGCGGAAUGUGUGAGAUGAUGAAAGUGUCAAAUGUCUCGGCAGAUCUGUACACUUUUCCGUGA